CACCAACACAAUCCCUGCCAAUACAAACAUUAGGCCAGUUUGAUACAGUUUUUUACUUUUAUUUAAUCUCUUUUUAUCGAUGAUCGAUAAAAAUGAAACGCAUACACGCUAUUCCAAAAAGUCAAAAAGACUUUGACAAAAGUUUGGUUGACCUGUACAAACCGAAGAAGUUUGUGGCCGAAUCACUGACUUCGAUUUAUUCGAAUCGCACCUCAGUUGAUCCAAAUGGAUUCAUUCGCAUUGAUUCCGCCAGGGGCAUCGAGGAUCGCCACCUGAAAGCUUCCCCAGAAUUGCCCAGCCUCCAGGAGCGCAGUUCGCAGUCGCAGAACAAGAAUCUCUAUGACCUCUCCCUCAAACUUAUGGAUCAGGAGACAACCGGAACGUUGGAUUCCGAGUGUGCAGAUGGAAGCGGGAGUAUUCAAUGUGAGGAGUCUCAACCGAUUAUAGCCAUACCGAUUGGUCAGGCUAAUGAAGAGGCUGUCAAUCUAAAGAAGCAAUUGAAAGUUAGGGAUCGGACGAAGGUAAAGGACGCCGGACACUACAGAAAAAGAACUCCCUCUUUUUCUACUAUACAGUGCACAAACAACAGGAUCAAAAGAAAGAAAAAGGAAAAUGCUGAAAACGUCGUCGGACCCCUUAAGUUAAAAACAUUUAUUAAGGUGGGAUAAGCUUUGAAAUACAACAUGAACUUUUCAGCAUUGCUUAACCCAACCCAUCAGUUAAGACGCAGGCUUCCCGAAAGCUAUCAAUACCUCUGUGCCGAACCAGUAAUCGUACCUUUAAAAACGCCUGAAGCCCCAUCCUUAACAAAUCGGCCAGCCAUCAAAGUAAAGAAAGCCAAAGUUAAACCUCAACUAGUAGAAUCCGAAUCAGAUGUGGAAUCCUUUAGAUACACCGAAAACCCAAAGAAAACCCUUAGGGCACUGGUUGAAAGAGCAGCUCGGAGUGCUGGGACCCACAAUCCGGAUGUUCUUAUCAAAGAGGUCCAGAAAGUUCCAAUGGAAACUUUUGAGAAUAUAAAUUUGGGAAAAGAACUGAAGGUCCGCGCUUCGCAGCAGUUUCAACUUGCGCUGAAUUUGAUUGAUGAUCACUACUUUUAUAGUUUGCUAAUUUUUAUGGCCACCUUGGCGUACGUGGUCUAUAUCCUGUGCUACGAUAUUAAUAGCAAUCUGAAUGAAGAAGGCCGCUAUCUGGAAAAAAUGAAAACCUCUAGACUGCCGAUGAAGGGUUACUACUAUUUGAUGCGUCUGCUCAGAGCGCCCAUAUUCUAAUGGAUUAGCGAAUUUGAAGAUUUAAUCAAAACAUUGUCCACUUUCAUAACAACAGCGAACUCUAUUAUUCAGUUCUAUUUCAAUGGUGAAAUAUUUAUUGUAAAAUAUUUAUAAAUGGAUAUUUUGGCUCUUUUUUCGCUUCCCAACAAAGUGUUGAAUAGGACUCGCGCUCUAACGCCUCUUGCACUCUGCCACGCCCCUCAUUUCCCACCUGAAUCGCGUGGUGCCAGGCUAACAAAUGAAAAACAAAUAUUAAACUGUGUUGUUUUGCCAAAAUAGUACCAAAAGCGCGCACACACACACACACACACAGAGUCCGCGGAAAUUGUAAAGUGUUAAAAAUAAUAAAUUAUUUCUGUUAUUCUAAGUGGUAUUAG